GGGGUGGGGCGAGGCGAGGCGAGGCGAGGGACGCGCCGCCGCCGCCGCCGCCGGGGGGCUUGAGGCGGCCGGGCCGCGGGGAGGAUGCUGAGCCGCCUGCAGGAGCUGCGGAAGGAGGAGGAGACGCUGCUCCGGGUGAAGGCGGCGCUGCACGAUCAGCUCAACCGGCUCAAGGUGGAAGAGCUGGCCCUUCAAUCUAUGAUUAGCUCCAGAGAGAAGAAUGUAAUGGUCUCUCCACCAGGUAUCACAGAGGAGACUCAAAAAACCCUUGGGCAGAUGGACAAUGAGGCUGCUAUCAAUCAAACUGAAUUACAGCUAAGUAUUCAAGACCAUGAAGAGGAAGAGGAGGAUGAAUCGGACUCCUGAAGGGGGGAAAAAUGGGAGACAGCUGGUGUUAUUUAUCCUAGACUCAGGAAAUUCCCCUUUGUUCAAGCAAAACUUCCCAUCAGAUUCUACUUGGUGCUGUACACAGAUAUGAACUACAUAAAUGAAUGAAAAUUACUUUUGGAGGGUUCCAGUGAGGUUAGACUGGUGGCACAGAUGACACAAGCUUGUCAAAAUCUUGUUUUGGAUGUUAAAAGAAUGAAAAGUUGUUCCACAAAUAUGUAGCAUGAUCCCUUUUACAUUUAAAGCCUAAAAUGUAGUUUACUACUUGUUUGUAUAUAGGUGGGAAAAGUUAAUGUAGUUAACUAAUUUAGUUCACUAAAGCAAUAACUAUUCCAACUGUAAUUCCACAAAAGUGGAGAUUAGGAAAUUAAAGUGAUCUAGGAAAUGAAAAAUGAUGGCCCUUCCAGAAUUCAUGUAAUGUUAUACUAAUAAGUUAGUGUUGCACUUGUCAGCAGACAAAGCAUUUCCUCUCCUGAUGACUUGCAGAUACUAAAUCACUGCAGCUGAUUCUUGGAUCAUUCCUUAAAUAGAUGUUAGAAGGCAUAGAAAACCAAACUUGCGUUAUGCUGCUAAAAAUAGAAAAUAAAAGUAAUAUCUUAACUGAGACAUCCUUGUCAAGCUCUCAUACUAAUAAAAUGUUUAUACACUAGAUUUUAAAAAUCUGGUUUAUAAAAUGUGUGUAAAGCAUUCCAGUGUUGAUUAGGAUUAAGCUUUAAAGCUCCUGUUGAUGUCUCCCCUAGCACUAGUAGCCCUGCACAAAAAUUUAGUAGAUAAGUUAAAUGACAUUUAUUUGGUUAUUUAACAAAUGGGGAGGGGGAAGUUUGCAAUAUGUUCAGUGUCCUAGAUGUGGUUAUAAAACAUGAUCCAACUUCUAGAUAGCUCCUGCCCUUGAUUGUAGGAAAAUAUUUGAGGAAGGGCUCUUGGUUAAAGCUUAGCUUUGGUUUGUAGUUAUGGAAACUAACUUUUAGAAUGUAAGGAUAGCAUCAUCUUCUGUUGCUGAAGUUCAGCCUGGCUCUGAGUGUAAUUGAAGUUUCAAUCUUGUAUAGGAGAAUGAUUUGCAGGCUUUUCCCCAAACUCAUUAGAGCUGGGGGAGGCUAGGCAGAACGUUUCUGGGCCACAUAUGUCCCAAGUUUAGGUUAGAAUGUCAGAAUAAAGGGAUUGUUUUUGAAAAGUGUAUACUCUUGCACAAGUAGUUUGUAAGGGUAGCGGGACACGACCUGUGUCAUUCCUUUGUUUUGUAGAGGUGAGUAUAUUUGCUGGCACUUGAUCCGACUCUUUCCCCUUAUAUCUUGAGACAGCGACAGCUUGUUGCCCUCCUUUCUCUUGCCUAAACUCAAGGCAAAACAUGUUCUGUAACAGUUAGCCUUAGGCCUCACCUAUUCUGGACAAUUUUGGCAUGUUAUUGUUGGCUGAGUGUCUAAAACGGUAGCAAGUGUGUGUAAAGGCAUACUUUAUACCAUGUUAACCUUGCCCUGAUGAAGUCUAAAUAACACUUGUUCUUAGCCUAUGCUUGCUUUUAAAGUUGUAGUGCUAAUGUAGACAAGAAACACAAGCAAAUUAGCUUGCAUGCUACAAGUAGGCCUCCUGCCACUGUUCCACUGAGGCCAUAUGCACUUGAAGUGGCUAACAUGCUGCUGGAUGUGUGGAUAAGCGUUAGCAAAAUAGGAUUUACGUGUUCUGAGAGUUCUGGGCCACUACUAGUGUACAUAUGGUAUAGUUUUCUAGUGGAGACAGGACCUUAGCCUGAACAGCUUUUAAACUCCAUUUAAACAUGGUUUGUACUGUGGGACCAAAGGGUUUGGAUUUGAGCCAGGCGAGUGGAUGGAUACAUCAUUAGCAGUACUGAUGGCUGAUCUGCUGUUGAUGGAUGGAGGCAGACUGCCAUCCUCCUUCUGCAGCAUUUGAUCUUGCUAAGCAUGAGAAACUCAGGUAGAUGGCAGGAGUCCUGGGCAACGUGGUAGAAUGGUUUGAGUCCUUUCUGAAAGCAUUGGCUCAAAGCCCUAGUGAUGGAAAAGCUGCUCCUUUGCCACCAGAUGCCUUACUUUGAGUAUCAUCCAAGGAUCAAUGCUUUGUAGACUUCUACUCAAUGUUGGCAAUACAGUCCAUGUACACAAUAUGCAGAUGAACACAGCUCUACUUUCUCUCUGCAAUGUACAACAAUGCCACUUUCAGUAAGUUAGUGAUUGGAUGAGACCAGCUCAUGGCUGAACAAAAGCUGGUUGAAGCUGAAUCCAGGCAAGACACGUGAUGCUGAUGUCAGAGGAAAGCACUGAGUUUGCAGCCACUGUCCAGUCUCCUUUGGUUAAUGAUACAUAUCCACAGUUGAUCACGUCAGUUUGCAAUUUAGGAGUGCUCCUGGAUUCCUUGCUGAUGCUAAGCUCUUCCUUAGAAAGAGUUGCUUGCUAUCGUGCCCAGCUGUUUAAACGUCUCCAUCUUCUUCUGGUGGUGGAUUACCUGCCCUCAAUAAUAUCUGCAUUGGUCACCUACCAGCUGGGCUACAGCAAUACAAACUACCGUAUGUGGACAUGAAGCAAUCAGCCUGCAGGAAACUCCAACUAUUACAAAAUACAGCAGUGCAGCUACUGUGAGCACAUCAAACUUGCCCUCAGCUCUCUACACUGGCUCCCCAAGAAAUAUUGUCAGUCAUCAUUCCAGGACAAGGAUUGUGUUCAACAUCUUUGCUCCUCAGUCACAAUGUAAGUGUCUCCAGUGAGGGUAAAGGUUAUCUGUUCAGGAAGUAGCGCUUUCAUGGGGGCCAGCCAAAGAUUGCUGAAUGAACUCCUACUGGACCUACCCCAUCAGAAACCUCACCACUUUCCAUUCUAAGGCCAAAGCAGACUUUUCCUUGCCUUCACUAAUACAAAAGAAAGUCUAACUUUAAAAAAAAAAAUGCUGAGUAUUUUCUUUGCUGAGACAGAAUAAAUCACACAGGGCUUAUUUUAGAUGUAAUAUACAUGGAAGGUGCUCAGAUACUUGAUGAUGAGGGUGACAAACUUGAACGGGAUAGAACAGUAUUCAUAUCUAAAAUGAGUUUAACUGAUUCAGCCAGUGUUGACUGGGCCCUAGAUGGACAGUACUGGAUUACUUGGUGUUCAUAACUACAAUUAUCUGACAGAGUAAUAUCAAGAAUGGGAUCCAAUUUUAGUUUGGUUCUUUGCUUUUAAAACCCCAUGGGAUUGAUACUCUUCCAACCUUCAGCCUAGGUGUAUAAGAGCUUGGUCAAAAGCUGUCGGUGCUUUUACCAUAAGCCUAGGUAGGGUUGGCAGGAUUCAAUUUUUAAAAUAAUUUCAACAGAUGUUUAUUUAAGAAGUUUUUCCUAUUUUUAUCUAUUUACAUUUUCAGUUGAAGGAAAUUAUAAGGCAGGGGUUAGACAAUUAUUGAAUGACAGUAGACAUUGAGAUUCAAAAAGUUAAAGCUUUAUAACUGUUAAAACAGAUUGUGAACAUCACAUGUCAAAAUACACAAAUUAAAUAUCCUUAAAUCAAA